UUUCGGGCAGUUGCUCCGGUUUAUUCAGUCUGUGGCAAUGGGUGGAUGUUUGCUUCUGUGUGCCGUCUUAUUACAAUUGUCAGGGCCUUUGCAAGUUGUUUCAGCUGGAAGCAAUUCUUUGAAGUGUGGCCUGGGCUCUCAACUGUGCAAGGAUGGCUCUGAGUGUGUCCAAUACAAACAUGUGUGUGAUGGAGAACUUGACUGCAAGGAUGGGUCUGAUGAAGAGGACUGCAUUUCAGGAUGCAAUGAAGAUCAGUUCCAGUGUGCUCAUGGGAAAAAGUGUAUAGACAAGGACCAGGUGUGUGAUGGUAUGCCUCAGUGUCAGGACCGUUCUGAUGAAAUGCAGUGUAAGAAGCAGACAAAGGGCUGUGUUCAUCACUGUGACCACAACGAUCGCUGCAUACCUGCGAACUUCCUCUGUGAUGGAGAGAAGGACUGUUUAGACGGCACAGACGAAGCCAACUGCGCAUCAGCGGACCAAGAGGAAGAUGGGUAUGAUAAGGCAAAAGGGGCCAGUUCAACCUCAGUGCCUGCUACCUCUGUUGGUGCCUUAACUCCCAUCAAGUGUCCUUUUGGCUCUCAACUGUGCAAGGAUGGCUCUGAGUGUGUCCUCUACAAACAUGUGUGUGAUGGAGAUGCAGACUGCAAAGAUGGCUCAGAUGAAGAAGAAUGCAUAUCAACGUGUGAAGCAGACCAGUUCCAGUGCGCGCAUGGAAAGAAGUGCAUAGAUCAGAGCCAGGUGUGUGACGGCGUGCCUCAGUGCCAGGAUCGCUCGGAUGAACUGGGAUGUGCCAAGCAGAUGCAGGGCUGCGCUCACCAGUGUGAUGACAAGAGUCGCUGUGUUCCCAAAAGCUUCCUCUGUGAUGGGGAGAGGGACUGUGUGGACGGCAGUGACGAGGCAAACUGUGCAGACACACGCUGCAGUGACUCUGAGUUCCAGUGUAUCAGUGGCAAGUGUGUGCCGGUCACAAUGCUUUGCGAUGGUCACCCAGACUGCCAGGACCGCUCGGAUGAGAGCGGCUGCACCAGCCCACCGGUUUGCACCACCAAACACAGCUGCCCCCAGAGCAAAGAGUGUCUGGUACAGGAGUGGAUCUGUGACGGCGAUCAGGACUGCAAAGAUGGCACAGACGAGAAGGAUUGUCCUGUGGCAAAACUGAACUGUGGUACGUUCCAGUGGUCGUGUAAAUCCAAGAUCAAGUGUGUCCCUACAGCCUGGAGGUGUGACGGCAUGAAGGACUGCGACGAUGGCAGUGACGAGACUGAAUGUGGGGCAAUGAUAUGCCUCCCCCACCAGUUCCAGUGUGGCAGCCAGGAGUGCCUGGAUCCAGUCCUGGUGUGCAACGACGUCACCAACUGCGAAGACGGCUCAGAUGAGGGGGGCAGCUGCCAGAUGAACUGUGCGGAGGCGGAUAACAGCCUCUGCUCCCAGGGCUGCUACGCCACGCCACAGGGAACGCAUUGUCGCUGUGCACCAGGGUUCAGGCUGAUGGAGGACGGGCUGACCUGUGCUGAUCUCGAUGAGUGUGAAGGCUGGUGGCCAGGCGUGUGCAGUCAGCUAUGCAUUAACACUCUUGGCUCAUACCAAUGUGACUGUCACCCAGGCUACAUAAUGGAGACUGGUGGACACCACUGCAAGAUUACUGGUGAACCCUUCCUGUUGAUGUCGGUCCAAACGGACCUCUUCUUGUUUGGCCUGCGCAGUGGUAGCCUAGAUGUGUUGUCGUCCUCUGCGAAGAAGGCCAUCCUCUCCCUGGACUACGACUGGAGGGAGCAGAGGGUCUUUUGGGUCAGUCUGGACACCGACGGCAUCAAGUGGUCCUCGCUGGACCAGAAGACCACAGGAACUCUGAUUAAAGGUGUCAGAGCUGAUUCUAUUGCUGUUGACUGGCUCGGGAGGAACCUGUACUGGAUCGACGGCGAGAACAGUCAGAUUGUUGCCGUCAGUCUGGCCACAGGCACUGUGAAGUCAGUGGGUCACAGUGUCAUCCUGGAUGAAGAUCUGGAUCAGCCUCGCUCUCUGGCACUGCUGCCACAAAAAGGGCUGAUGUUCUGGACUGAGAUCGGUAAUAUAGUGAAGAUAGAGCGUGCUGGGAUGGACGGGUCAGAGAGGACUGCAGUGGUGAACUCCAGUCUGGGCUGGCCAGGCGGUGUGGCUGUGGACACCAUCUCUGAACGAGUCUACUGGACGGAUGAAAGGCUGAGGGCGAUUGGAUCUGCUACACUGGAUGGAGAUGACAUUCGGAUUCUACAGAUGAAAGAGACCACCAACCCAUUCUCCCUGGCAGUGUUUAAUGACAUUCUCUACUGGUCUGAUGCCAAGAAGCGAGUGGUGCUGGCUGCCAAUAAAAUAUCUGGCAAAAACCACCAAGUUCUCCUGAAAAGACCCGGACAACCUUUUGCUGUGAAGGUCAUCCAUCCAUUGCUCCAGAUGGGCAUUGAGAAUCAGUGUGAGAAGAUGAGAUGUUCCCACAUGUGUGUGUUGGCCCCGGGACCCAAGGCUGUCUGCAAGUGUCCCACUGGACUCUUACUGGCUGAGGAUGGUCUUGCCUGCUCCAGCCAGGUCAAUUCAGCAUACCUGCUGAUGCUGUCUCCCUCUACUGUCACCCAGAUCUACUUGCAGUCCCGACACACAGCAGCAGACCUGCAGGGCUGGCCUGAACACCUGGUCUUGCAGGUGCCCGGCGUCAAUGAGGCAGCCAUCAUGGACUACAGCCUACGUGACCAGACCCUCUUGGUGACAGAUGACGGCACAACUUCACUCAGCUCCUUCAAACUUAAGGGCUCUGACUUGUCCUCUCAGGGCCAGCUUCUAAAACUCUUUGGGAACACCAUCACCGCCAUGGCCCUGGACUGGGUAACGCAUAAUGUCUACUGGAGCAGCAACAAACAGCCCCGCCUGCAGGUGACCUCCAUCCCCAGUGCACACACUGCUGUUCUCAUAAAGGAAGGAAUUGUUAGAGUGGAGUCCAUCGCCCUCCACCCUCCCAGUGGACGAGUUUGUUUCACCAACCUGGGCCUGCAGGGUACAGACACAGUCGCUACGGUAGAGUGUGCCAACAUGGACGGUGCCAGACGGAGUGUGGUGUGGAAGGAUGCUGUCCAGCCCACAUCUCUGGUCUUCUCCAGUAAUGGGGAUACGAUUUACUGGGCUGACAUGGAUCCUGGGACCAUCGGCUGUGUCCAGCUUGAUGGAUCCGGAUACAGAGAGUUGAAGGCCGGUGAUGGCCUGACUGCUGUGGCUCUGAGUGAUUAUGCGCUGCUCUGGAUGACUGUCAGUGACAAGACUCGGCUUUGGUACCGAGAUGAGCAGCAGCAGCAAAACAAGUUGUGGUUUGAGGUCGACACAGAAGUAAUCAGCUUAAAGGCGUUCAGCAAGUCCAGUCAGACUGGUUCAAACCAGUGCACGGAAAACAACGGCAACUGCCACCACUUAUGCCUCGCCAUCCCAAACGGACGGACAUGCAGGUGUGCUCAUGGCCAAACCCUUGUGAAUGCCACCCACUGUGGCCCGGAGCAGCGCUGCCCAGAUGGCGGCAGGCAGUGUCUGGAUCAACUCUCAUGCCAGCCUGUUGAGAAGUUCUGUAACGGUCACGUUGACUGCUAUGACCACUCGGAUGAGAACUGUGUUGGUCUGAAGCUGUGGUCAGGAGUCGAGGUCCUUGCAACCACCCAGCUCAGCAGCUCCUCUCCUACUACUCCUCUGCCCACUGUAACUCUUUCUGAAGUCACUGGCCUGAACUCCACCCUGAAUGCAACUAGUCUACUCAAGAACCUGGAUGCCCAGCAGUGCAGCCAGAAACGCUGCAGUGGCAACGGACGCUGUAUUGAAACCAAUGGAGAUGCUACAUGCCAGUGUUCACUGGCCUACAGCGGUGACUCCUGUCAAGACAAUCUCCUGAAGACCAUGCAGGGUCCCAUUAUCUACAGCGCCGCGGGGCUCUGUGCAGGAGUGAUGAUCAUUGCUGUGAUGGCAGUCGUGGUUAAGCGUAAGAGGCGUGCCAACACAAGGAGAGCUAGCCUAGCAGCAAUGAAUGGCACCAGUAUGACGGACCUGGAGAACAAAGCUGAGACCACACAAACUGCCCCACCAGAGUCUGACAAACCAGAGGAAGUGGCAUCUUCUGUGGAAUGAGGUUGAUUCUUGGGCAAGCAAAGUUUUAAAUAAAAGGUUGCGUCUUGCACCGGCUCCUGUAAAGUCAU